AUGGUGCUGACCAACAUAGUCGAGGAUCUUCCCAAAUCGGCAUAUGCAGUCAUUUCAGAAGUAUCGGAAGACAUAGUACAAGCAACUGUACAGCAGAACAACGAGGGAAUCCCGACUCCGUCGGCCACACCCCCAAGUGACAAUGCUUCAUCUAUCCCACCACAACCCAAAGGUGUAAAAGAUAUCACAGCCGACACCAAAAAGCUUCAAAUCCAGUACGACUUACUGAGUCAAAGAAUAUCGUUAUUCGAAAAGGCGCUCAACAAUGCCGAGAAGAAGCGCAAGAAGUUGGUCAAGAUGCGGAACGGCUUAGAGCGGAGAAUCGACGCCGGCAAGGCAGAUAUCCAAUCGCUGGACCACAAGAUGUCUUGCGCAGAAAUCAAGAGCCAGGAUUUGGAAGUUUUGCUCGAGGUUGAGACUUCGGAUUCUUGGGGAGCAAAAACUAUGAGGAACAUUCGCAUGAAAGUAAUUGAGAAGAGUCUGGGCGAAGUCAAUCGCUUCAUUGAGAGGCACGAAGAAAGUCUGGACGACAAGCUCAAAAAUGUCAACAACUGA